CAUUUUUAAGCAGUUGCAGAAAAACAUAGACAACCACAAAUGGCAGAAUCAAAAGAUAACGAGGAAAUAUUGAGAGGAAGAUGGAGUCUCAAAGGCACCACUGCCCUUUUAAUUCCCACGAGUUAUCAUGGAUGUACCUGUAUUUAUACGCGGUUUUUCUUGAAAGAAUUUGAUGAUCCAGUGGUAUGCAGUAGUGGAAGAAUUGGCAAGUUUUGGAGCAACAAUAUAUACAUGUUCACGUAAUGAAAAGGAGCUGCAAGAAUGCCUUGAGAUUUGGAGAAAAAAGGGACUUAAAGUUGAAGGUUCUGUUUGUGACUUAUUAUUGCGCACUGAACGUGAGAAGCUUAUGCAGACUGUAGGACAUAUUUUUAAUGGAAAGCUCAAUAUUUUGGUAAAUAAUGCAGGAGUAGCAAUAUUUAAGGAAACUAAAGAUUUCACAGCAGAAGAUUACAACAUCAUAAUGGGAACUAAUUUUGAAGCAGCUUAUCAUUUAUGUCAAAUUGCUCAUCCCUUAUUGAAGGCAUCUGAAAAUGGCAAUGUUAUUUUUGUCUCUUCAAUCGCUAGCUUUUCAGCUCUGCCUUCUCUGUCUCUUUAUUCUGCCUCCAAAGGGUGUUCAAAGAAAUCUGCCACAUCUAGAUGUAUGAGCUCAACUUUAUCUUCAGAGAUGAAAUUUGCUUUGGUAUUCUUUUCUGCCUUUUUGAGAAAGGCUUGAUACAACUCAACUAUAUUCUUUGGCGUACGAUAGGUACGUGACCAGUGCCCCUUUCCUCCACAUCGAAAACAUUUAUUUUCUGAAUUUUUCUUUUGCACAGCUUCAUGCUUUUCAUCCUUCUUUUUACACUGCUGGUGGUGAAGGGUAUUAUUUGGUGCAAAACGAGAAUCAUGAUUAAAAUUCCUUCCUCGACCACUGUAGACACGUGAUUUUUGACCCUCCCCGUGUGUUUCACCUUAUAGUGUUUAAAUAUUUCUUUUAAUUUUAAUUCUUGACGUGUCGAUUUUAUUCUAUUUUUAUUUAGUAGGCUUAUUUGCGAAAAUCAAAAAGAACAAAAUAUUUGCUAUUUUUAGAGUAUAAGUUUUGUAUUUUAAAGAAAGAAAAUUACAAAAAUAUGCUUUGUAGGUUUUAAUUUUGCUUAGACAGUUAUUUAUUUUAAGA